UUUCUAAUUAACUAGGUCGACCCCUUUAAGCGUCGGUCUCAGUGAGCUUCGCUCCAGAGGGGACGCGGCCACUGUGGAGACCGGUUUUUUCCGGCCCCAGAAGGCCCCGACCCCGCCUCUCUCGUAGUCUCGGCCGCCUCACGAUUUACUUCGAAGUGCCACCAGGGGUUACUCCAGCAUCUACUCCUGCUGCUGCUGCUAGUUCAAGUACCAUGCUAUUUACCUCAUUUUCAAAUUCUUCUACCUGCACUGCUGCUACUGGGCCCUUGUUUGGUGCCCCAGUAACUUCAGCUGGAAUGUUUGGUGGUACAUCUUUGAGAUUUGGAUUAAAUUUCUCUGGAGCAUAUGGAGCAGCUGCUGUUGCAUCUACUACAGCAUCAACCACCACUACCACCACUGUUACCACCACCACCACUACUACCACCACUAGUAGCUUUACCUUGAACCUAAAACCACUGACAUCAAUUGGGACUAACAACACUGUUCCAGUCAGCAUUACAUCUAUACCUUUUACUCCGACUGUUAAUGCAAUCAUAACUCCUGUGAUGACAUAUGGUCAGCUGGAUGGUCUGGUAAACAAAUGGAGCCUUGAGUUAGAGGAUCAAGAGAAACACUUUCUUCAUCAGGCCACCCUGGUCAAUGCUUGGGACUAUACAUUGAUGAAGAAUGGUGAGAAAAUAACUGCUUUACAUGGAGAAGUAGAAAAAGUGAAACUGGAUCAGAAAAGGCUGGAACAAGAAUUGGAUUUUAUCCUGUCACAGCAAAAGGAACUGGAACAUCUCUUGAUCCCUUUGGAGGAGUCUCUAAAGGACCAUAGUGGGUCUGUUUAUCCACACUAUAUAGAUGAGCAUGAGAAGACUUACAAGUUAGCAGAAAAUGUAGAUGCUCAGCUGAAACAAAUGACCCAAGAUCUCAAGGACAUCAUUGAGUACCUGAAUAUAUUUGAAAGUCCUGCUGACUCUACUGACCCGCUCCAGCAGAUCUGCAGAAUUCUAAAUGUUCAUUUGGACUGUCUACAGUGGAUUAAUCAUACUUCGGGUGGGAGUUUAUUUGUACCCCAAGUUAUCUACAUGCUGCAGAGGAAGGUAGAAGAGGUAACACAAAUUCUAGACGAUCGUCAUUGCAAGGAGGAAGACUGCAACGUCAACAUGGCUUUUGAUUAAAUGACCCUAUUUUGAGCAUGUUGUUUUUGGAUUAUACACUACCUUCAAAUUUUGAAGGUGUUCAUUAGAAUAGUAUUUACAGCUACUAUUCCCUCUUUGGUGACAAUAAAGUAUGCAUGUAUUUUUUUUCCACUUAAAUAUUGUGCUGUUUGAAAAUGAUUCUGUAGCUUGGCUUUUAGUAUUAGCAAAUCAGAACUUUAUCAGCUCUUCUGUCUAGGCAGCAACCUCUUUGAUGUUGACGCUGUGUGUAUAAUUCAUGGCUUACUCUCCCAGAUUCCAUAUCUUACUGCCAGUAUGCAUUGUCCUUUUCACUCUAGCCAGAUCAUAGAGAAAUGUUUGCCAAAAAAUAGAUGCCAGCCAGUCUUUACUGGGUGCUUGUUAACAUUCAGCAUAUAGUGUUAGCUACUGUGAAGUCUCUCUCAAAGGCACUUACUGUCUCCUUUGAGAUACAAUUAAUGCCUUCUAUAUGAAAAUAGUAUAGACAAUACAAGAAAGUGUGUUAUGAAUUAUAGAAAGUAUGCUAUAGAAAUUCAGAGAAGUGGAACUUCCCUAGUGAUCCAGUAGCUCAGUCUCUGUCCUCCCAGUGCAAGGGGCCCAGGUUUGAUCCCUGGUCAGGGAACUAGAUCCCACAUGCUACAGCUAAGUUCACAUGCCACAACUAAAGAGUUCACAUGCCACAAUUGAAAGUCCUUGCAUGCCACAACUAAAGAUCCUGCCUGCUUUAACUAAGACCCAGCUCAGCCAAAUAAAUAAAUAAAUAAAAAUAUUAAAAGAAUUUCAGAGAAGGGAGGAAAAGUUAGAGUGGAUUUAGGGCUUGAAUUAGGCUAUUUUUAAAGGGUAUGGUUCAGGCAGUUUAUUUUUAAUGUGCAAAUAAUCUGGAAUUUUACUUGAUUUUAGCAUGUGAUUAAUACUUGUGGGGUUUGUGUACUUAUUUGUUUUUCAAGAAAAAGCCUUGUUCUUAGCCUCUGAUUUCUUGUGUUUCGUGUUUUACCUAAGUCAUAAAUAAAGGCAAUGCUCUGAAAA